CGUGACAUCUGGACCCGAGGGGCCCAGCAGUGCGGGCGCCUGCAGCUGUCCCUGGACUGCGACUCUAGAAGCCAGGAGAUCAGGGUGGGCCUCCAGCAGGCCGCUGAGCUGAGGCCCAGGGCGCUGGGCGGCACGGCGGACCCCUGUGCCCGCCUGAGCCUGUCCCCGGACGCCGGGUGCAUGCACGAGCCAAAGGUGCACCGCGGCACGCUGUGCCCCGUGUUCGAGGAGACCUGCUCCUUCCACGUGCCGCCCGGGGAGCUGCCCGCCGCCCUGCAAGUGCGGCUCCUGGACCACAGGCGCCUCUCCCAGCACUGGCCGCGGGGCGCGCUCAGCCUGCCACGGGGCUCCGUGGAUCUGCAGUGUGUGCUGGAGCUCUGGUGCCCGCUGGGCCCGCCCGCCCCGGGCUCCCGCCCCCCGCCCGGCUCCGCGUGCUGGGGGGGGGGCGCUGAGGCCCUCUCCUGCUGCCUGCAGCCUGAGCAGACCGUGGAGCUGGGCUUCUCACUGAGCUGCGUGCCCGGCUCGGGCCGGCUGACCGUGGUCGUGCUGGAAGCCCGAGACCUGAGCCCGGCACUGGUGGACCCCUACGUGAAGGUCCAGCCCAUGCUGAACCAGAGGAAGCGGAAGAAGAGAAAGACGUCAGCCAGGAAGGGCACGGCCGCCCCUUACUUCAACCAGGCCUUCACCUUCCUUGUGCCCUUCAGCCAGAUCCAGGGCGUGGAUCUGGUGCUGGCCGUGGCCGAGCCUGUCGGCAAGGUGCUGCUGGGCUCCCGGGCCUCUGGGCAGCCCCUCCAGCACUGGGCGGACAUGCUGGCCCAGGCCCAGCGGCCCGUCUCCCAGUGGCGCCGCCUGCAGCCGGCCAGGGAGAUGGACCAGGCCCUGGUCUUGCAGUCCCGCCGGCGUCUGCCCUUGCCCGGCUUCUGA